AGCUUCGGAAAGGAAUUUGAAAACACCACAACGUUUAUUACAUUUGAAGGCAGCAUAAUUGUGCUACCCGUUUUCCUACAUGUCCCGCCUCCUUCGCUUUGAUUGGUUCACACUAGAUUCUGUCAAAUCCGACCUGCUUUGUGAAAGAAAAUUACCAAUCAAUCGCAGCACAGAAAGCAGGACUUUUGUGAACAUGGGUGGGGAAAAGUACCUGAAUUUGGAUUUGGACCUUAUCACCUGCUGCUUUGAACGAACGUCUUGUUGCUCAUUGGUUACCUUUAAUAGUGACGCAUUGGCGUUUGACCAAUCAGAUUCGAGAAGCGUGUAGCGUAGGUGUGCGGUAUGACAGUGCACGGUGCUCCGGCCUCUCCCUCUCAGCAAUGGUACACAAACCGCGGAAUAACCCGAGAUCCGUAACAAAUGGCUACUUUAAUGGAACGACUGGCAUUCUUGCAGAAAAUGCCGACUCUUAUGAAGGCGACAGCAGAUGACGAAGCGCCCUGUCCUGGAUACCUGUUUGAGGAAAUCAGCAAAAUUUCCCAUGAGUCAUUGGGCUGUUGCCAGUGUCUUCUUGAAUACCUUUUGGAGCGGCUGCAGGUUGAGUCCUGUCACGUGAAACUAAAGGUUUUAAAGGUCCUGCUGCAUCUCUGUGGACAAAGUCCUCCGCACUUUGUUACAGAACUGAGGCGAAAUGCCACGUUCAUCCAGGAAGUAACGGUGUACAGUGGUCCUCCGGAUGCUAUUCAUGGCAAUGCACUCUUUCAGAAAGUGCGAGUCUUGGCACAGGAAUUGGCCAGUGUGCUCUUCAGUGACAUGAUGUCCACAAAGUCUGGUGUCUCUCCCUGUAAAGCAGCAGCAACUCCAACUAUAGGAAUGGGAUCAGAGUGUCUCAGAUCAGGAAUGCUGGGAUUUGGAAAUAGCCCAGCGAGAAAAUCAUCCAGUACAGUGCGUAUUUUGGACAAGAUUCAGAAAGCUGCAGAGGUGGUGGCCAGUGCUGUUCUUCCCCCCACAGAGCAUGCUGGGAUUCGACUCCAUGAUAAUAAUUACCGGGCAGUGGUGGCUCCCUCUGCUGUUGUGGAGGUUGCAAUGCCAGCUUGUGCAUACAGUGUUCCUUCAGACAGCUGCAAAGCUCCUCACAGAUGCCCGGGACAGGCAAGUGGAGGUUGGGACGAAACAGGCAGUGGCCAUAGCUCGUCUCACAACUCUUCUUUCGAGAACGAGCCAGUCGUUCAGACAUCAGUUAGGGGAAGCAGUAAGUCCGGAGACACGGGCAGCCACUCGUGUGCGAGCCGUGAAAGUGGAGACAGCGUAUCAGAACGUGCCGAGGCUGUACAUUUGGAAGACUGUGGCCAGGAGAUGGCGCUAAUUAACAGACUCAUUAAUGGAUCUAAAAUCUUUCUGUCCAGAGAUGAGAGCCAACUUUUCAUCAAAGAGUGUUCUACUUUAAACUGUGAAGUUGUGGUAGAGCUUCUCUGUCACAAACUACAGGACCCCUCACAGAUUACCCAAAUGAGAGCACUGUGUGGUCUGGCAUGCCUGAUGUGCACAGAUCUGAUAUCUUUAGAGCAUAUCUUCACUGUUACACAUGUACGUCUCUCCCAGUUGAGUAAGGGGACAACAGGGCCAGUAACGAACAAGGCAACCAAGCUUCUUAGGCAGUUUGAAGCACUAUUGGGUACUUCUCUCUCGGAAAUAACCAAGCAUGACGUUCCUGUGUGUCCCGAAUCAUCUACUUCUUCACGUUCAGAUCUGUCCUUGAAUCCAACUCUCAUUAGUCCUCUUCUCUCAGCACAAGCGGACGCAGCUGUCAAUAAACCUCUGUUCAUAAGUGACUCGCAAGCUCCCUCUGCUGGACAAGAAGACCAGGAGUAUGAUCAUUCUGAUUCUGUUGAGAGGAGCUCACGAAACAAGCAGAGUGUUUUGGAAAAUGAAGACAGAACCACAGACCUUUGUAAGAGCUCUGAGCCUUUUGUUAACCCUCCCAGACUCUCCCUGUUUAGUGGCAUGGAGCUGAUCAACAGAGGCAAGCCAGUGUGUCUGGUUGAGCCUGUUCUUGUGGAGCCAGAUACCCAAAGCAGACCAGAAAUUUUUGACAGCAUCAACAUGGAUAUGGAGAAGAGCUCGGAAAAAAACACAGAGCCCUCUUCAUCCUUUAGUGGUGACCAAGUUUCAGCUUUCUCCUUCCUCAACCUCUGACCUGAUAAUGGCUAUAAUGUUCAAAUGUAUUUCUGUUGUAAAAUUCAAUAAUUUUGGUAGAAUUGAUGAUACUCCAUGACUAGAAAUUGAGAAAAUAUUACUAGAUAGAAAUAACAUGGGCAAAAACUGCACCAGGUGCAUGAAGGUACCAAUGCCAUUAACAACUGAUCCAGUCUUUUACUUUAUGAGUAACUUUUAUAUAUUUACAAAUACAUUUUAUUUCCACUCAAGGGCAGAUUUUAGAUUAUAUAGUUACUCGAUUUCAAAGAUUAAAUAAUUGAGUAUACUAGGAUAGAUAAGUUUGUCUUUUGAGUAUGCUAUGUUAAAAGUCAGGUGUGACUGGUCUUUUAUGUAAUAUUUAUACAAGAUCCCGAUGCUGCUAGUUUCUUAUAACCAAGUCUAAAGAAUUGUAAGCAGGCUGUAUAGUAGGGGUGUAACGAUACAGUGUAUAAUAAUGCAGGUAAUUUAUCAUAAAAUAUCUCCUAUCACCUGUGGUCUAAUAAACAGGCUGACAGCACCGCCUCUGAAAAACAGUAGUUUUUAUACCGUGUUUUUUUUUUUUUUUAGUUUUUUUUUUUUAGUACACCUCUCUAAAGAAAGCUGAUUUUCACAAGCUAAUCCAUUCCUAUACCAAGCUUUACUGACUAACUCAAUCCAGGCUAAAGACAUCAUGGAGACCUAUGGGACUCUACUUAUUAUAGAGAAACAUGCGGGAUUCUGAGACAUGGAGCAGCGGUGAUGACUUUGACAGUAGAACUAUCUGAAUGUGAAAUAACUGAACGUUCAUUGAGUAUCACUUCAAUAAACGUUUGAAGAGUGUUCAUGUUUUAUAAGCCAUGCUUGAUUUUGUUACAUGCCAAUGCACAGCUUUUGUUCACUUAUAUGGUUUAACACACUGUCCCUAUUUUUUGUAUCUUUACAAUGUUGAAAGUUUGAAUCAGUUGAAAACAGGAGGCAAUGCAGUUUUUUUUUUUUUUUUUGCAGUUUUAAAAAUGCUUUCUACUAAAACACCUUUGUGUUGAAUUGAAAUUCUCUGUAUCGUUACAACCCUACUAAAUAUGUGACCGAUUUGCCUGACAAAAUGGUCAGACCUUGUCAGUGUUCUAUAUUCCUCAAGUUGUUCGACAGGUAGCAUGGACCCAGGUUUGAUCCUGAGCUCAGGUUAGUGUGAAGUUUUUAUGCUUUUAAUGUUUUUUUUUUUGUAGGUUUAUUUAAGACUGUUUCCUUCCUACCACUGAAAAUCAUGCUAGUAAGUGGUUUGGCUAAAGAUAAUGUGUGUGAUAUGGUCCAUGUGUAUCCAUUUCACACUCUGUGAUCACGGGAUAUGGUCUGGAUCCACACUGACCUUGACCAGUUACUGAAUGUGACUGAAAGAAUCCUCUGAGACCAGACACAUCACAGUUUUCACAGUCUGGUCUCUGCAUAUUAAUCAAAACAAAUUGUACAUUUGGAUUAUUACUUGUGCUGAUGAGAGAAAAGCUGAUGUACCUCAGGAUUAUUUUGCUCCAGUGUUUACCUUGCCUGACACAUAUUGUGUCACUUUACAACUAAUUUAAUGAUUCUUUUAUGGUUUGCACUAGGGGUUUUUCCUCAGAGCUACUCAAGUCUUCCAGUAAUUUAAAACCUUUAAAUAUGGUCACGAAAGAUAAGCAUUGACAUGCUGAAUCAUUUUAGUAUAGGUCCUUUUUGCCAAUAAGUCAAAUAAUGAAUUCAGCUUCAUACAGUUUUGCAAAUUGUGCUGUAUAUUUGUGUGUGUGUGUGUGUGUGUGUGUGUGCACGUGUGUGAGAUGUGAAGCUGCACUUAGUCAUGAAAUGAAAUACACUGUUUUGAACAUAUCUGCAUUUAGUGAAAAAAAGGCAACACAAUAAAAUUAUUUAAAAACCUUUA